GUCGACCAACACCACCCCACCAACCAUAACACAUUCUCCCUCUCCCUUCUUUAUUCUGUGGCUUUAACCUCGUCCUCUCCCUCCCCGUUCGAGUUUGCCCAGAAUUAACAUUUACACCUGUGACGUCGAAUUACUAGAACGUCGCCCACCAUGCAAGCUCCAGUGCUGGUAAUGAACACCCAGAGCGGUGAGCGGCAGGUUGGCCGAAAGGCCCAGAUGUCGAACAUUGCCGCAGCCAAGACCGUCGCCGACAUCAUCCGAUCCUGUCUCGGACCGAAAGCCAUGUUGAAGAUGCUGCUUGACCCUAUGGGCGGUAUCGUCCUCACCAACGACGGCCACGCCAUCCUUCGUGAGAUCGAGGUGUCCCACCCAGCCGCCAAGAGCAUGAUCGAGCUCAGCCGGACACAAGACGAGGAAGUCGGCGACGGCACCACGACUGUCAUUAUAUUGGCUGGCGAGAUGCUGGCACAUUCUCUGCCGCAACUGGAGCGGAACAUCCACCCGGUUCAGAUCAUCGCAGCCUUCAAGCGGGCUUUGAAGGACGCCCUGGAGAUCGUCGACGACAUCUCGCUGCCCAUUGACAUCAAUGACGACCAGGCCAUGUACAAGCUCAUCUCUUCCUCCAUUGGCACCAAAUUCGUCUCCCGGUGGUCGGACCUCAUGUGCGAUCUCGCCCUCAGGGCCGUUCGCACUGUCACAUGGGAGGUCAGCAAUGGCAAGAGGGAAGUCGACAUCAAGCGCUACGCUCGUGUCGAGAAGGUUCCGGGAGGCGAGAUCGAAGACAGCACGGUGUUGGACGGCGUGAUGCUCAACAAGGACAUCACCCACCCCAAGAUGCGGAGGAGGAUCGAGAACCCGAGGAUUAUUCUGCUCGACUGCCCGCUCGAGUAUAAGAAGGGCGAGUCGCAAACCAACAUCGAGAUUUCCAAGGAGGAGGACUGGAACCGCAUCCUGCAGAUCGAGGAGGAGCAGAUCAAGGCCAUGUGCGAGGCCAUCGUGGCGCUCAAACCGGACUUGGUCAUCACGGAAAAGGGCGUCUCAGAUCUCGCACAGCAUUAUUUCGUCAAGGCCAACGUGACCGCCCUCCGACGAGUGCGCAAGACGGACAACAACCGGAUAGCCCGCGCUACCGGUGCCACCAUUGUCAACCGCGUCGAAGACCUGCAAGAGUCGGAUGUCGGCACCCAGUGCGGUCUGUUCGAGAUCGAGAAGAUUGGCGACGAGUACUUCACCUUCCUGACCAAGUGCAAGAACCCCAAGGCGUGCACCAUCCUGCUCCGGGGACCGUCCAAGGAUAUCCUCAACGAGAUCGAGCGGAACCUGCAAGAUGCCAUGGGAGUGGCCCGGAACGUCAUCUUCCACCCCAGAUUAUCACCUGGCGGUGGAGCCACCGAGAUGGCCGUCUCAGUGAGGCUCAGCCAACUCGCCAAGGGUGUCGAGGGCGUGCAGCAGUGGCCGUACAAGGCCGUGGCCGAUGCCUUGGAGGUCAUUCCCAGGACGCUGGUCCAGAACGCCGGCGCCAGCCCCGUGCGGGUGCUGACCGACUUGCGCGCCAAGCAUGCCGAGGGCAAGUCGACGUGGGGUAUCAACGGAGACGACGGCACUGUCGUGGACAUGAAGGAAUAUGGCGUAUGGGAGCCUGAGGCCAUCAAGCUGCAGAGUAUCAAGACGGCUAUCGAGUCGGCUUGCUUGCUCCUGAGAGUCGACGAUAUUUGCAGCGCGAGGAAAUCGGCACACCCUGGUAUUGGACUGGGUGGCGGUGACGACUAGACGGAUGUGGGCGUGGUGUAGGUGGACGUAGUAGAGAAGGAGAAUGCUGGGGAAAAGACCACGAGGCAUACCCAUACUCUGCCCCUUGUACACGGCACGGUAAUCAGAAGAAGAAGAAAAAGAAACCCGCAUUUUAGACGAACAUUCUCGAGAAUGGUCGGCUGUUGUGUCAGUUGUAGUCUGUUCUCCCCUGAACAAAAUAAUCUUCUUUUUCCUUCCCGAGUAACUGUACAGGUAAUUAUCGUGACA